ACUUGUCUCAGUUCACUGGCAGAUGAUGAUGUCUGUCUUCUAUAUAGGUUUCUAUCACUGCUGCUUCAGUUUCUCCCCCACAGAAUGUUUACUUUAAAAUUGUUUAAGGAAUUCUGUUGGCAAGGUGCACCAUGGUGUUGGUGUGGUGGAGGCACCUAGGCUUUCUGAGGCACAAAUGAAACUAAAGCGCAUCAGGAGUGGUCGAGUGGGUUCCUGCUGACCUCCAGCUCCUUCUCAUCCAUCUGUGUCCAUCCCACGUGCUUCACCUGUCCCAGAGGCUGGCCCAUAUGUCCUAGGAGUAGGAUUUCUGUCCCUGAGUCAUGGCAGACAGAAGACCAGAGAAGUCAUGUGAACAAGCAUGUGAAUCCCUUAAGCGGCAGGAUUAUGAAGUGGCAGUGAAGCAUUGCACAGAGGCACUCCUUUCCCUCAGCCAGUACCCCCCAGCUCACCUCCCGGAGGCAUGCCAGGCAGAAAUCGACCGCAUCAAAAUCGAGACUCUGCUGUAUAGAAUUGCUUCCUUUUUACAACUUAAAAAGUAUGGGCAAGCAGAUGAAGACUGUAGGCAUGUGCUGGGAGAGGGGCUGGCCAAGGGAGAUGGAUCUUUCCGUGCAGUGCUCUGCUGCAUGCAUCUUAAAGGGAAGCUGCAAAUUGUGUCUAAUGUUCUUUCCAAAUCACUGAUGGGUGAAUCACUGAACGGGAUGGUAACUAAAGAUCUGACACGACUGAAAACACUUCUUGCUGAAACAGAGGCAGCUGAUAAAGUUCCAUCAGGCUAUCAUGUAGAAGAUUUAGAAGAAGGGUCCCGGGAUGGCUGGCAGUUCCGCCCUCCACCCAGGGGAGUCACGAGCAGUGAAGAGUAUACACUAUGUAAAAGAUUUUUAGAGCAAGGGAUCUGCAGGUACGGUGCACAGUGUACUUCAGCACAUUCCCAGGAAGAGCUAACAGAAUGGCAAAAACGAUAUGCUUCCCGCUUGAUCAGAUUAAAACAGCAGAAGGAAAACAAACAAUGUUCGGGCAGUUAUAUGGAAACCUUGAUUGAGAAAUGGAUGAAUUCGUUAUCUCCUGAGAAAGUGCUUAGUGAAAGUAUAGAAGGAGUGAGAGUAGAACAUAACCCUGAGCUAUCAGUAACUGUCACCACCAAAAAGUCUCAUCAAACUUGGACGUUUGCUCUCACUUGUAAGCCUGCAAGAAUGCUGUAUCGAGUGGCAUUGCUUUAUGAUGCCCAUCGUCCACAUUUCAGUAUCAUUGCAAUAUCUGCUGGAGACAGCACUACCCAGGUAUCGCAAGAAGUUCCAGAAAACUGUCAGGAAUGGAUAGGAGGGAAGAUGGUCCAGAAUGGAAUAGAUCACUAUAUAUACAAAGUCAGUAUAGCCUUUAACACGGAAAUCUUUGGAACUUUUCGCCAAACCGUUGUGUUUGAUUUCGGAUUAGAACCAGUCCUCAUGCAACGAGUAAUGAUUGAUGCUGCUUCAACUGAAGAUCUUGAAUACCUGAUGCAUGCACGGCAACAGCUACUAACCACAGCUAAGCGUUGGGAUUCUACUUCUAAGACUAUUGUAGAAUUUGAACCUAAUGAAACUACUGAAUUGGAGAAGAGCCUUCUUACCAGAUACCAAAUCCCUCUAUCUGCUGACCAGUUAUUUACACAAUCUGUCCUGGACAAAUCAUUGACCAAGACCAACUAUCAGUCACGGUUGCAUGACCUCCUUUAUAUUGAGGAAAUAGCACAGUAUAAGGAAGUUAGCAAGUUCAACAUAAAAGUGCAAUUGCAGAUUGUAGCAAGCUUCAUGCUCACUGGGGUUUCUGGAGGUGCAAAGUAUGCCCAAAAUGGACAACUUUUUGGACGCUUUAAGCUCACUGAGACGCUUUCAGAAGACACUUUGGCUGGACGGCUGGUGAUGACCAAAGUCAAUGCUGUUUAUUUAUUGCCUGUCACUAAAGAGAAGUCAGCGCAGACCCAAGGAACCAAAGAGAAGGUUUAUGAAGCAGCUAUUGAAGAGAAAACAAAGGAUUACAUCUUCUUGAGGGUAUCCAGGGAAUGCUGUGAAGAGCUUAAUCUUCGGGCAGAUUGUGAGAUGCAGGUUGAACUUCAGUUUCAGUUAAAUCGCCUACCCCUCUGUGAAAUGCAUUAUGCCUUGGACAGGAUUAAGGACAACAGUAUUUUGUUUCCAGAUGUCAGCAUGACUCCCACCAUACCCUGGAGUCCCAACAGACAAUGGGAUGAGCAGUUGGACCCUCGGCUAAAUGCUAAGCAGAAAGAGGCUGUUCUGGCUAUCACUACCCCACUUUCAAUACAACUGCCUCCUGUUCUUAUCAUCGGUCCCUAUGGGACAGGAAAAACGUUCACGCUGGCUCAGGCAGUCAAGCACAUACUCCAACAACAGGAUACUAGCAGGAUUCUCAUUUGCACCCAUUCUAAUAGUGCUGCUGAUCUCUACAUAAAGGAUUAUUUACAUCCAUAUGUAGAAGCAGGCAAUCCCCAGGCAAGACCUCUCAGGGUAUAUUUCAGAAAUCGCUGGGUAAAGACUGUCCACCCAGUUGUGCAUCAGUACUGUUUGAUUUCAAGCACACAUUCCACCUUUCAGAUGCCACAGAAAGAAGAUAUUCUUAAGCAACGAGUAGUAGUUGUUACUUUAAAUACAUCACAGUAUCUGUGUCAACUGGAUCUUGAACCAGGUUUUUUUACACACAUUCUGUUAGAUGAAGCUGCGCAGGCUAUGGAGUGUGAAACUAUUAUGCCUCUAGCAUUAGCUAAUAAAAACACAAGAAUUGUUUUGGCUGGAGACCAUAUGCAGCUCAGUCCUUUUGUCUACAGUGAAUUUGCCAGGGAAAGAAACCUUCAUGUUUCAUUGCUUGAUCGGCUCUAUGAGCACUACCCUGCAGAAUUUCCAUGCAGGAUCUUGCUGUGUGAGAACUAUCGCUCCCAUGAAGCUAUCAUCAAUUACACAUCUGAACUUUUCUAUGAAGGCAAACUGAUGGCAAGUGGAAAGCAGCCAGCACACAAAGAUUUCUACCCUUUAACUUUCUUCACAGCACGUGGAGAAGAUGUGCAGGAAAAAAAUAGUACAGCUUUUUACAAUAAUGCAGAGGUGUUUGAAGUAGUAGAGCGUGUUGAGGAGUUGAGAAGAAAAUGGCCCGUUGCCUGGGGCAAGUUGGAUGAUGGCAGUAUAGGUGUCGUAACACCUUACGCUGAUCAAGUGUUCAGAAUUCGGGCUGAACUUCGGAAAAAAAGACUGUCUGAUGUCAGUGUAGAGAGAGUGCUAAACGUUCAGGGAAAACAGUUUAGAGUGUUGUUUCUCAGCACAGUACGAACACGGCAUACAUGCAAACAUAAGCAAACGCCAAUUAAAAGGAAAGAGCAGUUACUCGAGGAUUCAACGGAAGACUUGGAUUAUGGUUUUCUGUCUAAUUACAAACUUCUCAAUACUGCCAUUACAAGAGCACAAUCCUUGGUAGCUGUGGUGGGAGAUCCCAUUGCUUUAUGUUCCAUUGGAAGAUGCAGGAAAUUUUGGGAAAGGUUUAUUGCCCUAUGUCAUGAGAAUGAAAGUCUCCACGGUAUCACAUUUGAACAGAUCAAAGCUCAGCUGGAAGCUUUGGAGUUAAAGAAAACUUACGUGUUGAACCCACUGGCUCCGGAGUUCAUUCCCCGAGCUCUUCGGCAUCAGCAUUCAGCCAGUACCACCAAGCAGCAGCAGUCACCACCAAAGGGCAAGGUCCAUCAUCAUAACCAGAAUGACCAUUUCCCACCUGAUGGAAUUGUUCAGCCCAAUCCUUCUGUUCUAAUAGGAAAUCCUAUCCGAGCAUAUACUCCUCCCCCUCCUCCUCUGGGACCUCACCCCAACCUGGGGAAAUCUCCAAGUCCUGUUCAAAGGAUAGAUCCACACACUGGGACAAGUAUUCUAUACGUACCUGCUGUCUAUGGAGGAAACAUGGUCAUGUCUGUGCCUUUGCCUGUACCAUGGACGGGGUAUCAGGGUAGGUUUGCAGUUGACCCUCGAAUCAUUACUCAUCAAGCAGCUAUGGCAUAUAAUAUGAACCUGUUACAGGCACAUGGGCGUGGGUCUCCUAUACCUUAUGGCUUGGGACAUCAUUCACCAGUUAGUAUAGGACAGCAGCAGCAGCUUCAGCAUCCAGACAAGGAGCAGCAUGAACAAAGUCGAAAUGGUAAAAGUGAAAGCACUGCUGGACCUGAAAUCAAUAAAAUUCGAACUCCUGAGAAGAAACCCAUAGAAUCUAAGCAGGUUGACUUAGAUGCAAAUUCUCAGAAUAGAAGCCCGGAAUCACGUUCCAAUGUUGCUUACCCUAAUGCUAAAUUUCAUCGUAAAGAUAAUCUUAACCCCAGGCAGCUGAAUCUCCAUCUCACCCCGCCCCACUCGCAGUAUGCAGUUCCCAAUCGCCACUUCCAGCACCUGUCCCAGAUACCAAGGCAGCCAUUUCCUCUGCAGCAGCAGCAAAACCUUUUAAGUCAACAACAAAAUCAUUUGCCUGAACAACAAAACCAAAUUCCACCACAGCAAAGCCAGGUAGUUCAGCAGCAUAAUCAUUUGAACCAACAGCCUCCACAACCUUCGCAGCUUUCCCCUGCUUACCAGGCAGGCCCCAGCCAAUCUUUUUUUAAUAACCCAAUUCCCCACCGACCACAUUCUCCUGCUGUAGAUGCUGUGAUUUCAGAACAACACCCCCCACCUAUGUUACAAGAAGUCAGUAAUCCUUUGAGGCCUAUUGCACAGCACAACCCUGUUCUGCCAACCCACUUGAACAACUUCAUUGAAGAGAAUCCAUCAGGAAUGCCCCUAGGGGACACUUUAGAUCGUAUGCAUGGAAAUGUAGCUUUGGAAACAAUAAGGCAGCAGCAACAAGCCAGGUUACAGCAAUGGAAUGAACAUAAUGCCUAUCUCAGUCAAGGCACAAUUCCAUAUCAACACCAUCACCAUCCUCAUCUACCACAUCUUCCUCAGCAACCAAUUGGAUUGCAUCAACAGCAGCAAGUUAGGGCAAACUGGAAACUUGCCAGUAAUACAGAAGAUGAAACAGAGGCAACAUAUUCAAGAUUCCAGGAUUUGCUCAGAGAACUGUCACACCGUGAUCAAAGUGAAAGUCGGGACUUAGCUGAAAUGCCACCCCCUCAGUCAAGACUGUUGCAAUAUAGACAAGUUCAGCCCAGAAGCCCACCAGCACUCCCUUCUCCUUCCUGCAACUCUAAUCACAGUGGUCACUUUCCUAACUUCACUGAAAACAACAGAGACAUUGAAAUCCCCAGUAACCCUGCAUUUCAGCAGCAUUUACCCCAAAUAUACAAUCCCCCUUUCUCAAUGCCAUCUGAACAUAUAACCCCAUCUCCCUUGAAAUACCUGCAACCUGAUGGAUCGUGGACUUAUGCUAACCUACAGCAGAAUCACCUAAUGGGGCAGGGCUUUCAUUAUGGUAUACCUCCAUUGCCCCAUAGGUCACAACAAAACCCUUUUAUACAAAUACAGAAUCAUCAGCAUGCAGUCGGUCAGGAGCCAUUUCAUCCACUCACAUCUCGAGCAGUAUCUGCUUCUUCGCUCCACAGCUUAGAAGAGUAUGAACCAAGAGGACCAGGCAGGCCGUUGUACCAAAGAAGAAUUUCCUCUAGUUCAGUCCAGGCUUGUUCUGAAGAAUUAAGCACUCCUCAAGACAGUCUUGGUCAGUGUAAAGAGCUUCAGGACCACAGUAAUCAGUCAUCCUUCAACUAUUCAUCACCUGAGUUGUGGGUAAACUCCUCCUCAUCUGCCCCAUACCCAAACAUUCCAUGCAAUGGAGCCAACAGAGCAGUUCCACACCGGGAGUUGUUAGCUCCGCUGAAAACAGUCAAGCCCCCAGAGGAGCACCUGAAGGCUGAAAACAUACAGCUCUCCAAUUCCUUCAACUACAACGUGCUGCAGCAUCUCGGCCAGUUCCCACCUCUCAUGCCCAACAAGCAGAUCAUGGAAUCUAACAGCACCAGCCAGCAGAAUGCUGGUGGGAGCAAGCCUGUCAUGUCCUACGCAAGUGCUCUGCGGGCUCCGCCGAAGCCCAAACCUCCUCCUGAGCAGACAAAAAAGAAUAGUGACCCUUUGUCUUUGUUUCAGGAACUUAGCCUAGGUAGUUCAUCAGGUAGCAAUGGCUUUUACUCCUAUUUUAAAUAAUCAGAUUAUUUUUUUUAGAGAGAACUUAAUUUUUAUUUGUGUCAGUAGAUCUAAGAUAGUUGGGGCUUCACCUGUAGUUGCAAAUAUUCCCUUUGUUUAUAUUAGUAAAUAUAUCCUCACCUAAUUGCUUUGCUGCUAGACUUGCAACUAAUUUUUUUUAAUUGUAUUCCAUUAUUUUGCAUUUUUUGAUGUGGGCCGUUUUUUUUUUUUUUUGGAAGCUUUUCUGUAGGAAAAACACACAUUAUUUUUUAAUUUGUGUAAUGUUAAUGAUGUGUUUGUUGCAUUAAACUAGCAGCUGAGAGCUUACCUGUAAAACUUUAAAAGGAAAAAAAAAAAGGAAAAAAGAAAAAGAGGAAAAAAAAAAAGAAAAAAAAAAGAAAAAGGAAAAAAAAAGUUUGUCUAAAUUGUAUUUAAAAAGAUUGUAAGUAGCAUUUACAUUUAUUCAAUAACAUUAGCAUACUAUGCUGGAUUUCUGUACCAGAAAUGGCCAGUUAAUGUAAAAAUGUAUGUUAUUUCUGCUUAAAUUCAUUUAAUUUUUUUUUUUUAAUAAAGAUGCAGCAUCUUCUAAAUACUUUCAGUUUUAUCAGCUUUUUUGUGAAGGGAUGCUGCAUUCUCAGACUUUUAUAGUUUUAGAUUCUGUAUGAUGUGGUAUUGUAUUUUCCAUUCACUGUAGGGUAAAGUAAAGGCAUUCUUUGCAGACACCUAUGCCAUUGUUUGGAAACAUUCAGAUAAAAAGUAUUGGUAUACUUAAAAACAAAAAUAAAACAACAACAACAACAACAAAAAAAAAAACAAAAACAACAAAAAAAAAAGAAACAAAACCAAAAACCCAAAAAAACAACAUUUUAUUUUUGGACAAGCUGUUAAUAUAAGCUUGUUUGAAAAGUUAAUUUGAUAGGUUUUUUAAAUGAAUCAUGAAGCUGAAAAUAAAUUUUUAGGUAUGUUGGUGCUUAGUAGAUUUAAUAACUAUUUUAAAAAACAAAUUGCGUGAAUUUAGUAAAAGACUUCUUUUGUUUGUUUGUUUCAUUUUUUUUUCCAUUAUGCAUGUGUAAAUGUUUGUAAUCUGGCUUUUUCCUCCCCCCUUCUCCAGUGGUAUAAAGAAUUGUGCCGCUUUAAUUUUCUUUUUUCCAGUAAAACUUUUGGUACAUUAUUUGAUGUUUACAUUAAAAUGUGACAUUAUACAAGGAAAUUCAGAUAUUUUGCUAACUGUUUUGUUUGAGGAACGUCAUUAAAGAAGAGAUUUAAUGUUUGUCGAAGCUGUAUCCAAAUUAAUCCAAAUCUUGUGGGACAAGAAUGGUGUCCAGGUUGUUUAUCUGAGUUCUGCAAAAUUGUGCACAAACCUGGCCCUUCAGGAGUACAAAAAAAACAAUAAAUUAAAAAAAAAAAUUAAAAUUGAAUAUUUAAAAAUUUAAGAGACAAGUGUGAAUGAAAACGCAGAAGAUAAUCUUUGUUGGUAAAGAUUUCUGGUCUUGCACACUGUUCAUACUUUUGGAAUGGGGUAUUCGCUUCGUUUCUCCAGAUGUGUAGUCCUUUUACACUUGAAGAAAUAACUUUAAAUCUGGGAAACGCCGAAUUUUUACUGAGCUGGGUUUAUUUGCGGUGUUCCUCCACUUACUACACGCAAGAAUUAAGCUUUUAGAGCUGCGUGGAGGUGAUGUCAGAUGUUACAGCUGUCCGCGUGACGCCAUGCGAACCAGCAGUGUCUGCUGCUUAUUUGUUUCGAUUUUUACUCUGGUCACAAUCAUUAUUUUCGCAUUUGACUUCACGUUUUAAAGCGAGGGUCUUUACAUAAUGGGGCUGAUUUAAACUCAGUACACUGCGGAGGUUUGCAUAUGAUUUUUAAUUAUAAAUCUUUGCUGGUUUAUGAUUCAGAAAUUUAUCUGAAAAAAAAAUCUUUUUUCUUUUCUUUUUUUUUUUUUUUUGCUGUAAAGAAUAGCACGCGUAACUCGUUAAUUUAUUUCCUAACGUCUAUACCAAACAAAAGAUGCUGGGGGAGGGGAAAGCCCCUGCCAAGAUGAGCUGAGCCCUUCAGCACAUGGCAUCAAAUCAAGAGGACUCAGAAUGAGUAGAGGCCAAAUUCUGCAACCUUGGGUUUUGUGCUGAUCUGAAAGCUGCAGAAGUAGGUCCACGGGAAAUUCAUUUGCAAGGGCCGGGCAUGUGCUCUGUACACGUUAGCCUCAGUCGUUUUAUUUCAGCGGAGCUGAGCCGGUUCUCUGAGCGCCUGGCACUCCUCUGAGAGAAGAAAAAUCUGUGUGCCUGAAUGUUAUAGUCUGGGAGGAGCUCUGGGUGAGAUGUGCAAGACUAUGACAAGAGACUAGGUAGGGUUCAAAUGCACUUCACUUCGCCGAGUUGGCAUUGUAAUUUCAGGGGUUUCAAAAUCACUCAUUUAUAUGGAGCAGUCUUUUGAUUCUGUUCACCAUAUUUGAAUAUUAAACUAAUAAACAUCACUUGAUAAUUUA